CCAGCAUAUAAAUAGGCAAGUUUCCAGCACAAAAUUAUCAAAUCAUCGAAUAGUUGUUCAACAGUUGGGUUGUCUACCAAAUCGAAAUCAUUACUAGAAGUACCAUGUGCAGUUACGCCAAGAAUGUAUGUUCCUUGCUGGUCCUGAUGCUGGCUCUUGGGAUGAUUGGAGCUCAGCCAGCUAGAUCAACCAAGCGGCUACAAAAACAGCAGGCGGCACCCUACCCAUCCGCCGAGGAGCUCAAACCGGAGAUACCCUUCGAGGAGGGAGUGCCCGACCAGACCUAUGGACCCCCGGAUCUAACUUAUGGCCCCCCACCAACCGACCAAGUGGAGCAGCUGCCCAGCGCUGAUGAGCCGCAGGACUUUACACCCGAUCCGGAUGCAGAAGAGGUGCAACCUAUCGACCAGGCACCGGCACGUCUCAGUAAUCAGCUCAGACGUCAGCCCCAGCUUCAACGAUUGGUUUUACUCUCCGAGAGGCCCUUGAGACUGGUUAACCCACAAACAGUGGCUGUUCGCGUUCCUGUACUGUGGUAGAGAUAUGAAAGAACAGUCGUGAUAUUGGUUUUUAUAAACAUUACAUUAAUUAUUGUCUUUUGUUACUGCAUGAACAAUUAAAGAACAUUUUGUGGAUACACCGAA